AAGAAGUCAGAUUGUGAUUUAUUUAGGUGGCCACAAAUUGCUCUCUAUCUGAUAUUUCAGUGUCAACUGGCAAGUGAAGUAAGCAUGUCUAAAAUUUCACAUGAUACCAUCAUAGACAUACUCUCUCGACUUCCUGCCAAGUCUAUCUGUCGAUUUAGGUGUGUGUCAAAGACAUGGCUCCUUCUUACCCAUGAACCCCACUUCAUUGCAACCCACCUCAGCAGACACCAGAAGCAAAAACUUAUUCUCAGUUCCAAUAAGGCUCUCUUCUCCUUGGACCAAGAAGCACCUAUAGAUGAUGAUAUGUUACCCUCUGUGCUUGAUUUUCCUCUGAAGGGCGAUCUCAACAAUCAGUGGAUUCAAAUGCUUGGUUCUUGUAAUGGUUUGGUCUGCAUUAUGCCUCAACCAGAAGCAUUCUUUGUGUUUAAUCCUUCAACUCGGGAGUCCAUGAGAGUACCCGAUUGCCCCAUGUCAAGCCAUGCUGAUCCCUGUGCUGAAGUGGGUUAUGAUGUACAUGGUUUUGGUUAUGCUCCUUCUGUCAAGGAUUACAUGUUAGUUAAAAUUCAUAAGGGCUGCAGUGUGCUCAUCUUUUCACUGAAAAACAAUUCAUGGAAAACUGUUCAGGACUUUCCUUACAAACAUCUUUUGAAAAAUCCAGGGACUACUCUCAAUGGAGCUGUCCACUGGUUGUGCAUGGGCCCUGAUCAUCUCCCUGUAAUUGCUGCUUUAGAUUUAGCAGGGCAGAAGUUCUCAGGGUUGUCCCCACCUGAAUCUGUUAUAGAUUCUAAUGGCUAUACAACUGGUGUCUUAAGGGACUGUCUUUGUUUGCUACACCACAAUGAUCAUGACAGGCAGCGUGUAUUUUGGAUUAUGAAAGAGUAUGGUGUGAAGGAGUCAUGGACCAGGAUUUUGAUUGCCGAGCCAUUCUUUUCUUUGCAGCCAUUAUGUUACUGGAAGAAUACCAAGAUUUUGGUGGCAAGAAAUCGGAGGGAAAUGCUUCUGUUCAAUCCGAGGGACGGAACUUGUAAAUGUUUAUUGGCAAAUGGCCUCCAGGUUCCAUUCUAUGUGGAUGUGUAUGUGGAGAGUCUUGUUUCUCCAAACUUUCGGCUGAACUAAAUUCUGGUGUUUAAUUUAGUGUUUGUUAUGCACUAGGUAAUUGUUGUUUUGAACUAAGCAAAGUUUAUGAAAUUGGUGGUGCAUUGAGUGAAACCUCCAGUUAUUUUUGGUGCAUACUCUCCUCAUGUGCCCCAGACUUGAAGCUGGUUAUAUGUUAUGACAGUAUACAUGAAUUAUACUAUGCAUGCUCCUCUGAAGUGUGCCUGUAAAUUUGUAGUG